CGUGGAAUUCCCCACGGAGCGCCGCGUGCGCCGCUGGGCCAUCAGCAUGGAAGAGACGGUGUCGGACCCGACAGGCCUUCACGAGUUCACCUCGUGCAUGCGGAAGGAGUUCAGCCACGAGAACAUCCGCUUCUGGAGCGCCGUCCAUCAGCUGAAGAAGAUGCCGUUGAGCCAGGUGCCCGACGAGGUCCGCCACAUCUACGACGAGUUUCUGCGGCCGGGGGCACCAUGUGAGAUCAAUAUCGACGGAAAAACAAUGGAGCGCACUCAAGAACUUUUGAAAAAUCCCACACGUUUCACGUACGACUACGCAGCUGACCACAUAUUCGACCUGCUUCUGAAGAAGGACUGCUAUCCAAGAUUUUUGCGCUCGGAGCACUACAAAAAUCUGCUGACAAACGCAACAAAUCCCACGUCAAAGAAAAGUUCCACAAGCUCUACAAAGAAAUUCUUCACAUUUGGGGCUCCCGGCAAGAAGAAAAUCUCGUCUGUCACGCCACCAAACAUCAGCCAAUUGGUGGCCAGCUCUGGUCGUCUGAGCAGCGAGGACCAAUCAGCGGUCGCUUCCACUGGAGGGGGCGGAGCCAAGCCGGACUGUGAACCGCCGUACAGGAAGGAGGAGGACGCCGGCAUCUUUCUGGGGGCGCCGGCCACCCCGCCUCCCUCAGCAAGACCGGCUCCCGGGCUCAGUCCUUCCCCAAGUCCUUGUCCAGCACGUCCGAGCUCUGAGCCGCCUCCGAGUACCGGCGCCAGCGGCUCCACGGCUCUGGUGCCAGCCUCGGCCCCCGCCUCUGCGGUCGUCCCGGCCGCCCCUGGUGGUCCCUCGCCUGGAGCGGCACCAGGUGCUGUUGCUUCGCCUGCGGGAGUCGCUGCCGCUUCCGCAUCCUCUUCGCCGUCUCCUGGAGCGACAGCUGCGUCCUUUGCAUUCGCUUCUGCUUCAGCUACCGCUGCGGCUACGCCACCGGCACCAUCUUCAACCAGUGCUUCUGCACCUCCGUCUGGUGCAGGCUCAAAUGCGUCCAGUUCCUCUGCCCUUCCCAAAGCCUCGGAGCAGUCCUUUCUAGCCUCAUCCUCUCCAAAGAACAUCGUACAGGGUCCCGGUGGUUCCACGACCACUUCAACCGUGCCGGGUGGUAGCGGUACUUCGGCAACUGCAGCACAAGGAUCAGCAGCAACUGCAGCUGCUUCAGGGCUGGCAAGCUCUUCGCCAGCGGCAGGUACCCCGGCAGAAAAAGCUGGCUCUCCGGGACUGGCAUCUGGAGCCCCAAGCGGAGUAGAGGGUGCGGCAAAAGAGCAAGCCUCAGUCGCAGGUCCUUCACCAACCUCGGGGGGAUCGUUGAAAGGAGGAGCUUCAGCUGGAGCUGCUUUCUUUCCUGAGGGUGGUGAAUGUUCAGCAGUGGCGCCUCUGGAGCUCGUACCAGGAAGACCUUCUUCAUCUGGGGUGCAGGUGGAACGAAAACACAGUCGAGCGAAGGGCGAAGAGGUAACUUCGCUGCCUGGGGAUGCCGCGAGCUUGCUAGCCACAGCAGCGGAGGAAGGCGCUGCCGGAACAGAAACGAAGGAUGGCGAAUACAUUGUGGAAGUAAAAGAUGCUGCCGUUGGAACAUCGCCCACCACUGCUGAGUAUCAGGUGGCAGCGGCGGUCGGCCCUGCGCUCUGCCCUCCGCCUCCAGUGGUCUCCGGUGACGUCCCUGCUGCCUGGACCCCCGCCAUCGCGCCUCCGGUCAUGUUCCAGGACAUGACCGCACCGCUAGCCACCAUCGACGAGCGCGACGAGCCCACGCCUCCCCCUCCACCUCUGCCUCUGUCACCGCCGUCGGCGACAACAGGAUCUCCAGCAUCCGCUUCCCACCUGGCGUCGGAGGGAGCUGUCGGUUUGGGGUCAGCAUCCGCAUCAGGCGCUGUUGGUGGUGCGGCAAAAUCGGGCUCAGCGUCUGGCGGUCCAUUUCACACGGAGAUCGUUACGCUGACUGAUCGCUGCGCACAAACCGUGGAGACGGGCGAUAGCGUCGACUAUGGCUCCACUACGGACAAGCAGUGCGAGGCCAACCUUCCACGGGAGCGAGGUACGCGACGCAAGGAGAAGAAAGUCAAAAUCUUCGAGGGGCAGCCUCCGGGCGCCGCAGUGGCAGGACCAUCAGGUUUGGGUGCUGGUGCUGAGGCAGCGACUUCCGAAGAUGCUGCGAAGAGAAGGUCGCGAAGCGCUUCCGCCGACGCGAAACGCGAGAGGAAGGAGUCGCGUGCGAGGCGCGAGCCGCGGAAGAAAUCCUCCAGCGAGAGGAGAAGAGCGCGGCUUGAGGAGAGCGAGCUGGCGGAGGGCACAUCGAGGCAGGGGGUUUCGCCGAAGCGGGGCGACGUGGUGGCACCCGCGGCUGGUGAGCCACCACCGCAGAAGCUCGACGAAAGCAGCGUCUGUCCCUGGGAGAACGAAGAAACUUGUCGGCUUGACGCACCCUUCGUGAAGACGUACGCCACAUUGGGAUAUUUGUAGCGCCUCAGACGACGUGCUCUUCGACUCUCCUUCUGCGGGACCUGCGCAGUGCGCGAACGGACGUCCUCCCGCACUCUCGCUCCUCUCGCGCUCUGUCCUCUCUCUCUCUCCGCGCGAGUGCAGUGAAUGACACUCGGGUCGUGGACAGUCGCCGCAGCAAGGGUCGGUGGUGCCGCUGAAAUAUGACGUCAUUGGUAAAAUCAGGCGGGAUUAUAACACGUUACAACCUACCCUGGGAGCCAGCCACAUAUUUCAGAGCCGCUAGAACGAGGCUGGAUACCUGACAGCGAUCAGGCGAAAGAUCUGAGAAAGCUGACUUGGCGAUACAACCGGCAAAACGCACACAGGAGUGACCUGACAAAAGCACGAGUCACUUUCCGCUGACACUGCGAAAGAUGACACUUACCAACAUCUAGAGAGAGUGACGCUGUCUGACACUGCGAGACACCACACGAACGAAAAUCCCACACUCACACCGCGGUUGGGUCUACUUUGAGGGGAAAUCGCCGUUUGGCACCGCCCGCCGUCCACCGACUUACAUGAGCCCACUGAAUACAAGUCGACCUGUGGGCGGUAGCUGGCGGCGAGAGGACACUAGCGUUCUCGACUAGCGGCGCGACCCUUUCGACGUUUGACCGGGACCGUCUGCCCACGGUCCCCGCCAGCGCUGGAGCGUUGCUCCGCCAGUCGCGACCGGUCUGAAGAUGAGCUAGUUGGUAAGUGGGGGUGCCGCGGCGCCGGGGCUCGUCGCCGACCACCGAAGGGACGCCGGACAUCGUGGGGUGGUUGGCGACGGGCGCGGGGGUCGUGUCACACUCAGUUGGCUAGGUGAGAAGCUCAGGACGGCUACCGAGGGAGGAAAGGGGUGGUAAAUGGAAAGGGGACUGCCGCAGUGUGAUGCAGGGUACUGAGAAGUAUAGAGAAGUACUGGUACCGACGAGUACCAGUACCAAGUAAAGCAGUACCAGUGUCAAGUACGCCAGUAUCAGCAAACAUCAGAAAAAUGUCUGAUGAACGUAUGGCGUUCCAAGGGUGCAGUGAAAAGAGAAAAGAAGGACAAAUAAGGUCACUCGUGCACAAAGUGAACCCUGGAUGAAUAACGAUACGCUACACAGACACACUAGCGUGCAAGAGGCACAAACGAAGUGUCCAAAUGUACACCAAAUGCACAGUCACAAAUCGCACAAUCGCUGGCGACAAGGGUCACGAGAUCACAGCCGUGCUCAGCACAAAAUCCCAACGCUGUCAGCUGACUGGAUUUGGCCCUUCCAGUGGUGUGCCGCCUUUCCCAAUGACGUCAUAUUUCUGUGGCUCCGUCUGACCCGGACGGUAUGGACGGCGUGACGUGGUGAAUGCCGACACACACAGAACAGGGGGCUCAACUGAGGCCGUGUGUGCGCCGGACAGGCUGCAUACCGGCCUCUCAGACCCCCCAGAGCCGUGCUAUUGUGUAUCUAGAGAGCAGGGACCACUUCCCGUGAUCUGUCGAAAUUUGUGCGCUGCUUUUUUUUUGGUGACCGAACGCGUCAGCGGCCGGUGGCUAAGAGGCUACACUCAGAGAUGUUUGUCAAAAUAGUUUGUGACGCGAUGAGGCUCUCACACGUCAGCACUCUGCUUUGAUACGGUGUGAGCUGUGAGAUAGAGGGUCUGUUUGAAUCGCUGAAAUGUUUUAUCCCGCACGCCGCUUUGCUUCGUCUGGGCGCCUGGCGGCUAUAGAUUGCACUACUAGUUCCCGCGUUUGCCGCUAGGGUGACGCGGUCGCUCAGCUGUGCUGCCGUUUCUGCGAACGGUGCACACCGCGACACCGACCGGUGUGUUGUUGCCGUACGAACUCGCGGCGCUGUAGCGAUGGACAGGGUGGAUGUUUGAGAGAGUUCGCCGGUCUGGUGAUUCUCGUGGGUGUCUCGGUGACUGUUGGCCCCGCUCCUCCCCGCUUCUCCCAAUUCUCGGACCCGAAUCCGGUUGCAAAGCGUCGCAGCUACCGUUACCAUCGCGACCACAGAUGUCGCUGCAGUCGCCUCAGUGCAGUGGUGCUUCCACCACCAGGCUCCAGCCGGCGGCGACCGGAGGAAAAACUCAGAAACAUGCUUCUCUUCGGCCACGGUGGACGAUAACUGUUGAGAAUGAGAGCCAACCGUGUGUGCUAAACCGACCCCUCGCCAGCCACGAACAACUCGGCCACUGAGGCUCCACAACAGCAAUGCCGGCGGAUAAACGGCUCACACGUGUGCGUUCGGCUCGACGCUGGGGCCGUGAGAGAAAGCUCCAAAGUGAGAUGUGAGCUCCCAGGGACCGGUCCACAGUAGAGAUGCCAGUUUCCGCGGCUGGCCCACCUGUCAGGCAGGACCAAUGUGCGCGCUAGAAUUAACGUAUUGUACCGGUAGAAUCGAGAGUGCUCUCGAGUUUGUUCGAUAUCAAAGUAAUACGAAUAAUAAUCCACAAAUGGAAA